AUGGGGAGAGUGAAACUCCAGAUCAAGAAGAUUGAAAAUACGACAAACCGGCAGGUCACUUUCUCAAAGAGAAGAAAUGGAUUAAUCAAGAAAGCUUAUGAACUUUCUGUACUUUGUGAUGUUGAUGUUGCUCUUAUCAUGUUUUCCCCUUCUGGAAGAGUAAGCAUAUUCUCAGGAAAUAGAAGCAUGGAAGAAAUCUUGACGCGAUAUGUGAAUCUUCCUGAGCAUGAAAUAGGAAAGCUACAAAACCAAGAGUAUCUGCAAAGGGCUCUUGGCAAGUUGAAAUCUGCAGCAGAUCGCACCUAUCUACCAGCCACCAGCGGCCCAGCAAGCGUUGAUUCUCAAGUUGAGGAAAUGCAACAAGAAAUUCUUAAAUGUACGUGCCAACUUGAGAAUAUGGAGAAAAGACUCAGGAUUUAUGAAGGUGAUUCGUCCGAUAUCACUACACUGUUUGAGGCUGAGUACCGGGAACAAAUUCUUGAGGUAAACUUGAAGCAAGUCAGGAUGCGAAAGCAAGUUCUGCAGGACCAGUAUAAUUCUCCUGGUGCACAAAGAACUACACAGAUGAAUUUGCCCCUAGCGACCACAACUCUAUCUGAUUUGGCUACAACAAAUGCAAACAAUAUCUUGGACUGGCUUCCUCAGAGGGAUCCACAAGUCCAAAUCCUGAAAUUCUUGGAUUCAAAUGGCCUGCUUCCAGUGAGAGAACCUCAACGUAUGGAUAAUAUCCUGUCACCAUCCUUAACUGUCCUUCAUGCACCAAGCGUACAUGUCCAUAAUCAUUUGGGUUCAGGCCGGAGGAUUGAGGAUGACACACAACGACCAGAUCAUUUUGAGCAAGUAAUUGAUGUCAAUCUUUCUCCAUGGACAGAUUUAUAUCCAACAGUGAAUGAUCCUUCUCCUGCCGCACAGCCCAGAGACGAGCGCUUCUUGAACUGUUUCUGUCUCGGCUCACCCCAGUGA